UUAUGUUUGCUGUUGUUUGCUGUACACCGCCCUGAGCCUUAAAUAAUAAUAACAAUAAUAAUAAUAUUGUUUUUCAUAGAUAUAUCUCACAAAUGUUAAUGCACAUUUCCUUUUUUCCAGUUAAACUGAAAACAGAUAACAAAGAAGAAGAGAGUCAACAAUGCGCCAAUGAAAGCCAGUUGAGAGAGCUCACUCAGUAUUUUGGAAUCAACGAUAGAUUUGAAUUGCCUGCCAGCAAGGAGAGCGCUCCAAAGUCUGGCCUUGAAAUCAGCAUAGACAGAGCUGUAGCCGACAGAGAUAUUGCACGGGCUGACGAGCUAAGUGAUAGAUUAGCUACUCGAGAGCUUGGAGUGAAAAUUGCCAAAGCUGUUGCCUGUCGAAAUUUCGUAAAAAUGAAACGAGAGGCAGAAGUUUCUCAAGAAGCCCAAAAGAAAAAGAAGCUUGCGUGGCGAUUUGAAGCCAAGAAAAGAUGGGAGACGAAAAGCAACAUGGGAUACAUGUAGUUAGUUUGCUUUGGAUGGAAGGGGAAAAAUGCAUUUUAAAGAUAAAGGAAAGGGUUUGUUAGUACUGAGAAUCCAUAAAUUAUAUGUUUAUUGUGCAGCUGGACGGAUCACUAAAGUAAUUUAGGUUUGCAUUCCAUACUCUAUGAGGUAUCUCUGGAAUCUCUUCAAACGUGUGUCUUCAUAACGGGGAACGUUUCCAGCUUAUUCCCUUUCACACGUCCUCAAGAUUUCAAGUCUCUUGUUUGCUACAGAACCAUUAAGAAUAUAAUAUUGAAAAUAACCUCGUUUAAAUUUAUUCAAGUAUGCAUUAGUAUCAGAAUCAAUCUUUAUUUAAAGUAAAAAUGCAAUAUUUGGAAUGCCUGUCUUGGAACCAUGAGAAAAGUUCAAUCAUAAUAUUUCCUCAAAAAUAAACAAAUGAACUGUG